AGACGAGAGCGAGAGCGAGAGGAGAGCGAGCUAACUAGCGAGUGCAAGCGACUCGACGAGUCUAUCUUCGCCAAGAGGGCAAUUGGAAUCGGAACUCUCGCGAGCAAAGGAAUGUGGGUGUGUGAGACUGGGAGAAUUCGGGGUGCUGAGUGAGUGAGCGAAGAUAGAGUGUGUGAGCGAGAGUGGUCUACUCGAAAUAACUACAUUGAGACGCUCCGGAGAGCCGGGCUUUAAAAGCACCCGCCAAGGGUGGUGGAGGUUGAGGUGGAGACGCAGGCCGGGCGAGAUGCGGUGAGGUGGGCUGGUGAUGGUGAUGGAUCCUUUCCGCAUGGUUUCCCAAGGAAGGAGGCAGGCAGGCAGGCAGGCAGGAGGCAGGCAGACCAAGGCAGGCCGAGCUACGCCAAGCUAGGCCCGAGCCGGGAUCAUUUUGUUCGUUGUUCGCUCGGCACCGCUGGGUGGGAAGUCGUCAAAGGCAGGAGAGUACCUCCGGAAUUGUACCGCAUGAGCCACAUCGUCAUUCGCUUCCUUGUCCCUUCGCAAACAUCCGAUUUGAUCCUCCUGGCCGUUCAUCCCUUUUGCUGCCAUCUGUUGCAGGCUGGGUGUAAGCGAGGGGGCUGCGAGCCGCGAGAGCGCCUGGGCCGUGACAAAAGUAGCGGGCAAUCAGUUCCCUCGUUGCGCCGACUCCACGUCAAAGAUGCAAGGCUCUAUUCGGACAGGCUCCUACUGUCGCUCCCUGCUGCGCCCUGCGCGUCGUCCUCCUCCGCCUGCUCCGCUCCAUUCCGGUCGUUUGUUCGUCCUUUCGCGCCGCUCGCAGCAGUUGUUCUGAAACCGUAGCAGGUGCCUAAUUUGGUGCUCCUCAGGGCACAGUGUGAGGUGGUGCAGACCAACCCAGCCCAGCUCGCUUGGGCUCAAUGUGGCACCCUCCCCUGUAUCGGAGGCUGGCCAUAUGGGAAUUGAUGAUGAGGAACGUGGCAGUUUGCCCGGUUAGGUGGCUGUCCGGCUAAAGUCGCCGCAGAUUCGCCGACGGAUUGCGCUGUGUCACUGUGUCGAGCCUCUGGAUAUGAAGAUGGAGUGUUGUAGCCAGUUUUCUAGUUGGGAUUGUCUGAAACUGAACCUUCAGCGAAGCCAGCGCGAACUGUUUCCUUAGUCAUCAGCGCUGCGUAAUUUAGGCUCUAUCUCUAUCACUGUGUGCCCAUCUAAUUUCAGCCUUCUGCCGCGGCAGCCACUUCUUUCCCCCCUCGGCCUGGCUUCUGCCACACCGAUUCUGCAGCUUCAGAAUUCCGGUCCACCUCUUUGUUGGGACCCGUCUGCUGCUUCUAUCUAGUGCCUCUGACCUAUCUAGAGGUCUCUUGGCUUGAGAGAGAAUAUUCAGGCCUGACUCUCUAACUACUCUUCACCCCUACCCUCAUUCUUGGGAGCAGUCGAAACGAACGACAAUUCUAGAGCUCCGCUAAUCUCCGCAUGUUUCUUGUUCUCUGUCAUAUUAAUCAUACUCUUCUUCUUUUUAUUCUUGUGUCUGUUAUGAUUUGGUCUAGCCUGAUUGCUCUAAUCUGGAGGUUUCGGGGAAUCUCCUUCUCCUUCAUUGGCCAAGAUAUUUUUGGGCGAAGCUGGAGUCGAUUUCCCGAGCCGGAUCUGGACAACUAACCAGGUUAUCUUCUACUAUCAGCGAGGGCAGGUCGGAGUACGAACGGAGCAAUAUUCCAGAGAGCGUUCCUCUUUUCCAUCUGCUGAGGUUUCGGUUGGUGCCGUUUUGGCGUUGUAGGGGUUGGGGUUGGGGUUGGAGAAGGGAGCCUAUGUGGUGAAACUCUUUCUUUCCCUUCCUGCUCGCCUGCGUUGUCAUGAAUUCAGCAUCCUGCUUCUGUCGCCUUGCUUGAGUCUCUUUGUUGAUGGUACAGCACCUCGCUUGCUGGCUGACCAUGACAAUUCAGGGGAUUUCAAUAAUUCCAAAGUGUGCCAACUGGCCACAGCUUUUUGGGUCAAGUCGGGUUCGGUUGGAGUGCAAUGAUUUGAUGGUUCAUGAUCUUCUUAGUUCUCUGUAGUGAAUGACUUAUGCGCUAUCAUGCAUCCGUUGCUAAGAGCUGCUUGCAUCGCAUCCCAUUCCUUGACCUGCACACCGGCUCUUCCAAAGUAACACCUAUCCUAGUUAACGUCAACCAGGUCAUGCCAUAUUGCCAACCCCUGCAGAGGUGUUUUAUUUUCUGAUUUAACGUCACUUUGUGAAGAUACUUCUAUCUACCGUCAGAGCGUUUUGGGUUUUGACAACUAGGCAUUAUUAUUCUGAGCAGGCAACAGGUCUGCGUCAAAAGAGAUGUCGCCAUCUUCAUGGAUGUACUUUCUUGUGAAGAGAAAAGAACCCACAUGUCCCGUACUGCUUGGAACGAUCAGCCUUUAUAGUGACGUUUGUGUUUCAGGAUGGCUUUUGGUUGGUUUCGUAGUGGUCUCCCUGUUAUCUUGUACUAGGCACGGUCCAACUUCAAGGCCUUGGCUGCCAACUCUUACCCGAAUUCUGUCGAAGUAACAACAUAGAUUAAGUUUAAGGUAUGACUCUAGAGCCAAAUUGCCAAAUUGCCAAAUUAUGUGUACUAUUGUUUCGAUAAACUGGAUUGUAUUCACCGACAAAAUACAUGUAUUUUAUCGGAGAAUCGUCGUUUCAGAUACUUCAUUUUUCACAUACAGUUAUAGCUAGCUAAUUUUAGUCAUAUUUAGCGCCUUUAGGUUUGCUAUCUACCUAUAUAGGUAGAUAGGCAACACGUUUGGAGUCAUGGUUGAUGGGAUAGGUGUAAAGAACAACACACCUAAACUAGAUCUAACUUUGGUGUGGGAAUCAUCUUCAUCCCAUUUGAUCAUGGAGAAGUCGCUGUCAACCAAUGUCUUAUUUGGAAACGUUGAAAAAAUGAAAAAAAAUAUGUGAAAUGUUCAUGGGUACUUAUAGUCUUGUAUUUCGAAACGAUGAAUGAAAGAAAAAAAUAUGAAAUGUACUUGGCCAUUAUAAUUUAGCCAAAAAAAAAGGACUCACAAUUAUUAAAACAAAUAUGCUGUAGAAAUUAUAUGAAAGUAAAAAAAAAUGAAAGAUUAAUAUGAAAUGUACCUCUGCUCCAGCC